AUGGUAUUCGCUCGUGCUAACCUCCUCCGUGCGUCUGCUCGCGCCGUUAGAGCUGCAUCUCGUCGGCCUACGCAGCAAUUCGCCCGCCGCACAUACGCAUCUGAAUCGUCGCAUGGCGUCCAGAAGUCCAGUGACCUACCAUGGGCUUUAGCAUCCAUCGGUCUGGGCGUGCCGGCAGCAUAUUACCUCAUCUCAUCCGGUCCUGAAAAGAAGCCUCACGGUGCCCACGGAGACCACCAUGAAGCCGUAGUGGAAACAGAAAAGAAGGAGGAGAAGGCGCCCGCUGGAGAAUCUGAGCCUCAGCCCGAUCGGGAUGCGGAGCAGAAGGUUGACACGGAAGCUCCUUCGUCUUCAUCUGGUGAGAAGGGUGGAUCUUUCGAAGAGCCCCCGUCGAAUGUUGACGAGCCUGCUUCCCGUGGGGACGCUGGAGGGUCAGCUACUAUUUCUGGCAAGCAGGAGGGCCUUUCCAAUACCGAUACCUCCAACCCUUAUGUGAAUGAGCCGGGAAAGAGCGAGAAGGGAGAGGGUGAAACUGAGACAGCUAAAGUGAAGGGAACUGUUGAUCCGGAACGGCCUCAGGCUUAGAUAUAGCAUGCUUGUCCCCUUGCACGCAUUGGUAACGAGCAUUGUUCUGAUAUGACUGCGUUGGCAUCCUCCGAGUGUAAUGCAAGGAUGAUGCGACUCGAUGUUAUCCCCUCAAUGUUAGAUAUGGAGCGUUUAUCUGU